CGAUUCGGGUCGCGUGGGUGCUUAGACUAAGGUAUCAGUUUUGCUGAACGUGCGUCUGGCGGAUUCAUACGUGUCGGAGCACUGUAGUGCACGUUUAUUUUUCAUGCCAGUUUACAUUUCCCCGUGGUUAAAUAUAGAGAGCUCAGUUAGCUAAAUAGUCGCGGGUAAGUCUUCUCUCGACAAACGAGUCACCAUAAAACAUUGCUAACGCACGUCUUUCCCAACGUUUGUCAUCUUGUGCUGAGAGUGACGCCAUUCCGCUGACUCUAUACCGGCAGCGCAACUUCAGUACUCAUCUUUACGAGGUGCGUUUUUCAGGCACCUCCUGGAACGCCGAGUAUUGGCCUGUUCGCAGCCGUGCAGUGAAACUCGGCCUUUGCUACAGAGACCUUUUCUACGUCCCUCUGCAACAGCACUGCAAAGGCAACAUGAAGUAUAGCUUGACCUCUCCUCGAGCCACGGUAUGCUGGUUAGAGAAUUGGUCUGUAGUUACGAGACUUCACCUUGUUACUGCGGUGUUCCUGGUCGCCUUUGCAUCGCUGAGUUGGGGUCGCUACACUGGUGGCUUAAGCAAGCAGCGGCUUCGGAGAACCGUCGAUUCAAGUGGACACGGAGGGGUCCGAAUGUCACGGUGCCCUUACGCUUCCAAGCUUCGUGAUGCCCUCCAGGGAGGUCACGUGCUCCCGCAUUUGUCGGAAAAUUCAGGUGCCAGGUCCAAGUUUCAGGAGGAUGUGCCUCUCAAAGCGCUCAAAGCUUCGGUGAAAUGUGCAACAAAUGUGAAUUGCGAUCCUGACAAGCCCUUUCGGGAGCCUGAUGGCACGUGCAACAACCUGGCCCACCCCCACUGGGGCAGCGCAGGCUCAUGCAUGAGACGUGAGCUACCGUCGGCGUACAACGACGGCGUGUAUUCCGUGCGGCUCUCGGUUAGCGGCGAUCCUCUUCCAAGUGCCCGGCUGGUGUCCAUGACGAUCCACCCGCAAAAGCGCGCCCAUGACCGGCAUCUGACAAAUAUAGGUGUAAUGUUUGGCCAGUUAGUAACGCACGACAUAUCGCUGGCUGGACCCGCCCUUCUGCAACAACUGGAGACCGAUUUCGGACCAGGCCCAAAUCCUUCCUGCCUUCAAGGACCGGACUGCAUGCCCAUCGAGGUGCCCGAGAACGACGAUUUCUACACGCAGUUCAACGUCACGAAGAUCGGCAUGAUGCGGACGUACCCAUGCAACAAGUGCAGAAAUGGUGGCCAGAAAACCAUGCACAUGGCGGGCCCCGUGGACCAGCUAAACCAGCAGACCUCGUACGCCGACCUGUCUCAAGUGUAUGGUUACAACAGUCAAGUCACCACCGCCGUGCGAAAAUUCCGAAGUGGUCUCAUGCUCACUAAGGACAUUGGUGGCGCUGAAUACAUUGUGGACAACCUUCUGCCUUACGCUGACAACUGCAGUCUCCCGGAACAGAACGCCUUUUGUUCGAGAGCAGGAGACGUCCGGGCGAACCAACAGGCUGGCAUACUGUCGAUGCAAACACUGUGGAUGAGGGAGCACAACCGCAUCGCCCGUCAGUUGACAUGUAUCAACCCUCAUUGGAACGAUGAGAGGCUUUUCCAGGUCACCAAGAGGAUCCUGGAGGGGCGUUACCAACACAUCCUCUUCUCGGAGUGGCUGCCAUGGCAAUUGGGUCAAAAAGUGAUGGAAGAGUACGACCUGAGCGUCCAUAACAGGGGUUACACCUCUUACGACGAUACGCUCGAUGCUACACUGAGCAACGAAUUCUCGUCCGCCCACUUUCGCUACGCACAUACCAACGUGCCUGGUGGAUACUGGAGGAUUGACCAGAAAGGACAAAAUCUAACUAUUCUCAAACUGAAAGACGCCUACUUCGUGCCACUGAAUGACAGCUACCAUCCUGUUGACGACGUUCUCCGGGGAUCAGUUGAGCAGCCAAUGGAACCAUUCAACCGGUUUGCUGAUCACGGUGUCACGCAUUAUCUUUUCCGGAAGCCCUGGCUUCCAUACGGUGAUGAUCUGUUUGCCAUCGACAUUCAGAGGGCCCGAGACCACGGCGUUCGACCUUACGUUGACUGGGUUCAGGAGUGCCAGAACAUCACCAUCACCAAUUUCGAUGACCUCAGCCAAGUGAUGGCCGCGGAGACGGCCCAGCUUUACCAGCAAGUCUACGAGGAUGUUCGAGACAUCGAUCUUGUUUCGGGAGCUCUAUCGGAGACACGCCUCGACGGUGCAGAGCUUGGCGCCACCUUCGCCUGCGGUGUGGCCAGGCAGUUUCGCCUACUGAAAUACGCAGACAGGUUUUACUACGAGCAUGCCAACCAAUCAGGUUCCUUUAAUGAAGAUCAAUUGGCCACCGUUCGAAAAACCACACUGACGAAGAUUCUCUGCGAAAAUGUCUCAAGAAUGGACACCGUCGCAACUAAUCGAAAUGCCUUCUUGCGCCCCACAAAUGAAGAUGAUACAGUAAUGUGCAGUGACCUACCAGAUAUGGAUCUCACGAAAUGGGAGGAAGAACAUGAAAGCGGUGAACACAGUAGCGAAGCAAACUGCUCAACCAUGCCGACAAAAUAGUAAGAUGUGUAUCUUAAGGAGGACAUGCUUCAAGGCACCGUAAAUGUUACGCAUGGAACAUGCUAUAAGCUUAGCGCCGGCCAAUAAAGCGCACAUUUUUCCUCUUACUA